AUAGAUUUCCAGUCUGUUAGAUUGAUAGACAGUUUUUUAUUCGUAAUGAAUUCAAAACCGAGAGUAAAGGUGAGCUGUUAAGCAAUAAUUUUCAUUAUUUUAUAUUUAAUUAAGUUUAAAAAGUUUGAAGAUUAAGUUAAAAUUAUUUAGAAAACUUUUUCCCGUUUAAAAAACGAGAGAAUAGAGCAAGAAAAGUUAGGAGAUAUUGUCCAGACGAAGUGUUAAUUACAAUUUUACAUAAUUCAAUUGACUUGUUCUAAUUAAUUACCCCAUUAAACUUACUCUUAGUCAAUUAAUUCGAAUUAUGGUUAACUUUAUAUAUACUCAUGUACAAUACACAUAUAUAAUCAUCUAUUCCCUAGUGUUUGUUGGCUUUCAGGGUCAGUUAUAGUUCAGUAGUUGAUAUGCUCUAGUCUUUUACCAUAGAUUCCUAUUAGCUCUUUUUUGUAAUUUAUUAUUCUUUCUUUGUUAGCCUUAAUACCAUUUGUAUUGUUAUUAAUUUUGCAUUAACACUUUCAGUCGACCAGAGGAAAAGGUAAAGGAUCAAAACAAGUAAGUUAAUUUUUUAGUCCUCAUUAAUAUUCAGUUUACCGUCAAAAAUUAUUAUUUUUCAAUAUCCUUUAGUCUUAUGUUUUGUUUAAUUUUUUAUCCCAAGCCUUAAGGGGAAUUAAUUUUAAUUUAAUAUUCAAAAUUUCGCGCCACCGGAAGAAAUCUUUAUUAUUUAAGGGAAUAAUAUUUAAGUAUUAAAUGUUGAAAAACAUAACUUUGUAAAUAUCAAACUUGGAAAUUAAUAGUUAAAAAGCAAGAAAAUAUUAUAAAUAAAUAGUAUUUUUGAAGUUAAUAUCUUAGUAGUCUCCAUAGAAACGGAGACAGUAAAUAAUGUCUGAGAAACGAUCGACGUCCGUAGCUAAAAAGCAUAGUGUUUCCCAGAAAAUCAAGCGAAAAAAGCACGAAACUGAUGCCUUUAGGGAAGAGGAUAUUAUAAAGGAGUCGUUAGCCUUCAAAGUUCUUUCGGAGGAGAUUACAAAAGAAUGCCUAGAAUGUAGCGACGUUUUAAAGAUAGAAGAAAAAUUACUUGACUUUCUCAAAUUACAACAAACACAUAUUGAUUUAAAAGAAGGAUCAGCUCUCGAUUACUAUGUUGGACUAGUUUGGUUUGCCAAACAACAAAAAUAUAAUGCAGAACAAACGUCAGCUCUUUAUACCGUAGGUCAUAAUUUAUUCGAUAAUAUUCAAGAAAAACACAUAAGCCUAGUUGAGAAUUUAAAAGAACUUAAAAAGUACUUUGCCGGAAUAGCUAUGAAUGACACUGUCGAAUUAUCUGGAGGAUUAGAAUGUUUUGAUUUAAAUCAAGCUAAAGAUAUUCUAACUUUUUUAAAUAUAACCAUCUUUCAACAUUAUCGAUUGUACGAGUAUAUGUUUUGCUGCACUCAGGCAGAAGAAAUAAUAGGUCUUGAUUUAGAGGUUGAAGUACCUAAACCGGCAACUCUACCCUGGCCAGCUCCCCUAGACGAAGCCGUUGAUGAAUCUCUAUUUAAACAGUAUAUAGCCCCGCCUCCAGAACCAACGCCGGAACCUGAAUUAAGUGAAGAAGAAUUAGCAGCUCUUAAAGCGGCCGAAAUUGAAAAGGAUAUUGAAACGGCGAAAAGAGAAGACGAACUCCUAAGUCAAUUGCAACCUGAGGAAAUAAAAAAGAUUAUUUCUGAAGUUUUCGAAGAAGUUGUUGGAACCGUCGAUCACCAGGUUGCUGAAAAAUUAAGAGAAAAAGAGAAUCAAUUCAUUCAAAGGAUAAAUAAAAUACAUAAAGUAUUAUAG